AUGUCUCCUUGGUUUCUUUGGCACGCGUUGUCCAGCACAGCGAGACUGUCCACCGUUCUCCAGAUUCUCAUCUUCCUCCCCCUCACGCUUUCUACGCUCUCCAAGUCCGCAUUCCUCCUUCUCUCGCUCCUCCUCUUUCUGCACUCGCUGAUCCAUGGCACGCUCGUGCUCUUCUGGGGCUCGCCCGCGCUGAGCAUUAUGCAAGUCCCCAUGCACCCCUUCCUCCUCCUCGUGUGCUUCAACGCGUUCUCCGAGGGCGUGCACCCGUGGCUCACGAUGGCGGCCUCCUGGUGGGGACAGAUCCUCCAGUGGUCGGGCCCGGGAUUCAUCGUCUUGGAAGGCAUGUCGAGUUUACUGGUGGCUCAAAGGCUAGGACAGGUCGGAAAGGAGCUAGUCGGCGAGGGCGAAGCUUAUCAAUUCGGCCUCCUUGUUGCGGCCGCAGCGGCAUAUGUCGCGUCGGCGUUCUGGGUCGUUGUGUCCUAUCCCGCGACCGCGGACUCGCCGCUCUCCUCUACUCUGCUGGGGGUCGCGUUGACCACCUUGAUCUUCCUCACGUUCAUCGGAUUCGCGCUGCGCCGCACGAACGUGAUCGAGACCAGUUGCCUUGCCCUGAUCGUGGCGUACAACGUAUGGUUGUGCGGCGUCGACGACGCCCUCGUCCUCGACACCGGCCUCCAAUAUACGCCGUUGGUCUCGAACAUACUUCCCCAUCUUCAAACUCUUGCCAACUUCGUGUCCAAUACGGUACCAAAGCCCGUUCUAUUCGCCCUCGUCUACCGCCUAUGUGUGCUCCACUUCGCCUCGCAUAUCCUACCCACUAUCGGAGCAGACAGUUGGGAAGAUGAGACAGGUGUGGACGACGGAUGGGAAGGCAGACCAACUUCCAAGUUGACUUACCUCCUACUGACUUACCGGCAGUCCAUCUUCGUGACAGUUUAUUCACACCUACUCAUGUUGGAUCACUCCUCUCAGGUCUGGUGGAGAUGGAUGAACAUUUUCUUCACGCUGGCUAUCUGGUCCAUAGAACUCCUUGUGAGCAACGAGGACGACGAUGUUACCAAGAAAUGGAAAGUCGACUGA